GUAGUGAGCAGUUCUCGUUCUCUAGCUCUCACGCUUUUAGCACUACUACAACCAACGGCCAAGAUCUGCUGAGGAAAUAUGGAAGAUCAACGGUCAAAAACUUGAUGAAUUUUCCAUUCAAAAAGCCAUUUCGACGGUCGCCUCGCCAGACCAAAUUCGCCCGCAAAAGAUCCCACUUUUCUGUUCUUGUUCCCGAGGAUUUGAUUUAAAUGGCGGAAAAGAAAUCAUCUAUGAGGAAGCCAGUUUUUGCCAAGGUUGAUCAGCUGCGCCCUGGCACAAAUGGGCACAAUCUCGUAGUGAAGGUUUUGAGUUCGAAGAUGGUGUUGCAAAAGGGUAGGCCGGAUGGGCCUCAAGUUCAUCAGAUGCGGAUUGCUGAGUGUCUGGUUGGAGACGAAACUGGGACUAUUUUGUUUACGGCUAGGAAUGAACAAGUGGAGGUCAUGAAGCCUGAAACUACUGUAAUUCUGAGAAAUGCCAAAAUCGACAUGUUCAAAGGAUCAAUGAGACUAGCUGUGGACAAAUGGGGGCGUGUGGAAGCAGCAGCUGAUCCUGCCACCUUCACUGUCAAAGAAGAUAAUAACCUCUCACUGGUUGAAUAUGAGUUAGUAAACAUUGUUGAGGAGUGAAGCUGCUGGUAUCCUCCUUUUUGCUUCGAUCGGUGCUUAUAAAGAAAUGCUGAAACUGGAGUGUGUUUAGGAGACAGCCAAGGUGAUAAUUUGUCGUUUUUGUGAUGAAGUUCUGGUUUACAAAAAAGCUUCUUGAACCCGUCUGUACGAAAGAAGAUCUUAAGUAUUACUCGAUGGUAAGUAAGCAUUGCAGCUGGACGUAAAAAGCAGGUAUCAUCGCAGCUUGGUUCACGGUCCAGAUUUGCUUUAGCUUGUCUAUUCUAACCGCGUGAAUUCUCUCUUAUCAAGAAAUGUCUUCUUGUAUGGAUCAAUGAAUAACUUGGAACUGCUCCCAUGAGAUGAACUACUACUGUAUUAAUGCUUAUUCCGAGUCGUAUUAAUCAUAUUUGCAAGUAUUUCUGCUCU